AUGGGCGACGUUCUACGAAACUGGAUACAGGCCAGGCUAGGCAUCCUGAUAGACCUGAGGCCAGAGGUGUUCGGUCACUACACGAGCGACGGCUCGCUGCUGGCCCAGAUCCUACACAGCUACGACAUAAUAAGUCGCGAUCAAUUGGAAACGAUCGCAGUGACGCAAGAUCCAGCCCUGUGCCGCGUGAACCUCAAGCAUCUGAGGUUUUGGUUGCGCUUCGUCGGCAUCGACUGCGACGAUGAGAGCAUCGAGGAGAUUUCCUGCGGCAAAGGUAGCACGUCCUUGCGACUCUUCUACAAGCUCUACCUGUGCCUCGAGACCAAGGACAGGUUGCACUUUAUCACGCUGCAAAAGGAGAGGGAAAAGUUCGUGCCCGCGUCGAAGAAAUUCGACGUGACCAGGGUCUGCGAGGAUCCACUGCCGUAUCAGCCGCCGGAACAUCCGCUGUCGAAGAAGCUGGCAAAGGGGCAGGAGGUUCUAGACUGGCACGGAAGCAAAUUUCCAUUGUUGCUUCGAAGGGUUCGACGGGAACGAGAGAAGCUCGAGGUUUCGAAACCCAUCACCGUGGUUCAACCCGUCGUGCGCUGCGUCCCCGAGGCGCCGAGAACCUCGCUGGACUCUAGGAAGGAAGAGAGCGCCGAGUUGGACCGGUUUGCCCUGAAACAUCGCGUCCGACCAAAGUCGACGAAACCGCAGGACGCAAAGGACAAGAAACGCAAGAGCGGCGACGGCGACGACGACGACGACGAGGAGGAGGAGGAAGAGGACGCGGAGACGACGGAACGGAAAGAAAAGGGGGAAACGGAGAGGUCGACGAGCGAUCGUGAGACGGGCAGAACGUACGUGGAGCGGUUAAAGGAUCGCACGAAACGCGAAAAGACCGCGGCCGCUGUGAAGACCAAGAUGCAGAACGCGUUGCUGUCGAAACUGUGGGAAAAGAUGGCGGAGAAGCAGGAGAGAAGGUUCGACGAGGCGAUCGCGAAACGAGUGUUGGAUCAGUCGAUGUACGAGAAGAGGAUCGUGACGAAGCUGUGCGAGGUGCGCGAACAAAAGAACAUCAUGGCGGAGAACCAAAAGGUGGUGGAGGAUAUAACGGCGGAGGCGACCGAGGUGGAGCAUCGCGCGAGUUACGAGCGAGCGCAGGAUCUGGUCACGAAGCGAGAAAAGGACAUAGAGAUCGAGUGUGAAAGGAUGUGCGAACUGCGGCACAGGCUUCUCACGGAGAAGAUACGAAAGAUAAGGGAGAAGCAUUGGACAUUUUGUCGAGACGUGGUCGAGGACUUGGCGAGCAUAGCGUUGAACGUGGGCGAUCAUCGACGAGUGAACAACGGUCGCGUACCGGUCACUCUUCUCAGCGAAUGGAAGACCCUGUUCCUCAAGUCGCAACCGAUCUUCGACGAGGAAAUACCCUACGAGGCCAAGCAUCGCCACUCGGGCAGCGAAGAGCUGGAACUGUUGCUCAAGUCGGACGUCUGGGCAAAGUUCGACAAGGUCGACAUCGCUCUUCUCGACGAUUACCUGGAAAUCGAUCCACCGUGGAACGCGUCGUUGCCGAUGCCCGGCGAAGAGGCGCUCGAGCUGACCAGACUUGGUCGCAUGGUACUCGGUUACGCGGUGCAUCGCCUCCUCGACGGCCUUUACUCGCACUCGCUCGGCCGUUCACAGGCUUUGCUGUCGAAAUUCAAGCGCGUCGCGAUCCUUCUCGGAAUCGGCAAUCCCACGGUCUACGAGUCGAUGACAACGCUGCUGGAUCGCGUCGGUUUUCGCGUGGUGCGAAUGGAGGACGCGAUCAAUUACUGCCUGGAACGGUACAAGCGAGAAAUGUCCGAUUUCGAGUACAUCGACACGAGCAUCGUCGCGGCGACCGCCGACGUGGUUCGAAAGCUUCGCAGCGACCCGAAGGAAACGUCGUGCAGGAGGUUGAGCAGAGUCGAUAAGCGUUCCAGAUGGGCCGACGAGACGUCCUCGUCCUUGCCGGACACGGCCACGAGGAAAAGCGGCAAAAUCAAGGAGAGGAGAUCGAUCGCGUCUACCAAGACACCGGAGGUGAAGGAGGAGCAGGAUGGAAAGGAGAUGAAGGAGAUGAAGGAGGAAUCGAAGAAGCGGGAAAAGGAGACGCAGACCUCCAGAAACGUACCGUACGACGACAUGGAUCCCGUGUUGACCGACUCCGCGUACAUCGGUAAGUGGACGUACGAAUUCCUCGCGCUGGGCGAGCCGAUCACCGACAACCUCGCGACCAAGAUCCUGAUCGAGUACCUCAAGAGUUUGGAACACGCCAAGGGCUGGGUUCUGAUCGAUUAUCCGAGCACGUACGAGCAAAUGUCGCGACUGGAGACAGCGAUGACCGGUUUGGCGCCUCCACCCGAGUCCAAGUCGAUCGACUUCGAGGACAUCAGCAUCGAGGACAUCGAGACCGUGACACCGAGAAUCGUGUUCGAGGACAAGUCCGACGUAUACGCGUUAAAGAGGCAGUCGAGACUGGUACCCGACCCGAUCGUCAAACGACCCGCCGACGCCACGAGUCCCACGUUCGCCACGAUUUUCGUUCGAGUGAAGCAGCAGCCGAAACGCUUCGAGAGGGGAGAUGGAACGUACGAGGCGUUGGACAAGGACGCGUCGUCGAUCGACAGGUUCUACGCUUCUCGCAAGAUCGCUCGCAUCCUCUACUAUUCCAGCUUCGAUCUGCUCACGCUGAAGAUACUGGCCAGACUGGCGAUAGGCGAUCCGUUGCAGAGGAAACCGUCGAAAGAGUUGUUCGGCGAGGCGUUGAACCUGUUCGAGCGAGACGCGAAACGUGGCGCGACCCUGAAAGCGGCGGUCGUUCGACGGCUGGUGACCGAGGAAGAAUUCGCGGAGCUGGAAUCGCUGCGCGCCGCUGUGGACGCCGACGCGGACGCCGGGGACGCCGAGGACGCCGAGGACGCCGAGGACGAGGCGACGGGAGAGAUCUCGUCCGACGACUAUCGGAUCGAGUUGGACUCGGGACCGCCUAAACCCGGCGAACCGAACUGGAAUUGGAUCGAUUUCCCUUUGCCCGCCGUACUGUUGGAAAACUUGGCCAGGCUAUGGGAGGGUUUGGAGAAGCUCUACGUAGAGGAGCUGAAGGAGUUGCUCUUCAUCAAGAGUAUUCACGCGUCGAGCAUCGUUCCGUACACGGACUUCUUGAAGAGGAACGCGCGCGAGUUCGUGAAACGACCCGACAACAAGCAGGAUCUGUUGCAUCGAUUUCAUCGGGCGUUCAACGCGAUCGACGAGGACGCGCGUAACGACGUGGACGUAAAGUGCGAGUUGCACCGUCGCGUGGCCGAUUUCCAGAUGGAACUCUGGCAGAUUUGCGACGAGAGACGGCGCACGGCCGAGGAGGAACGGAAGCGAUACGUGAACGACCAUUGGACGACCUACGAGGCGGUCAUCCUCUUCGAUAUCUACGUCGGUAUAAUUCAGGCGGAGUUAGAUCGAUGCGUCGACACGAUAUGCAUGCUGCAAGAUUACUAUCUGGGAAUGACGAAGAAGCCGCUGCGAGAGAUCGGCGUUUCGAAGGUUAUCCUGAACAAGAUCACGCCGGAUCGGACCAUCGACGCGGACGACGACGUUCGCGACGGCGAGGAAGAGGACGAGGACGAGGACGAGGACGAGACCAAGAUCGGCGAACGAGUGCCGAAUCGCGACGACAAGACGACCGAUCGAAAGAAGGGAGACCGAGCGAGAUCGACGAAGGCCGACUCGACGAGCGUGUCCGUUUCUCCGCCGGCUGCCAUCGAUCGUGCUCUGCUUCAGAAGGAGAUCAACGACGCGUUCACCGACAGGAGCAAAGUUAUCGAGAAUAUCCGAGACGUUUACCUGUUCAAAGGCGUCAUGGAGAACGUCGAUUACGCGAAGAACCUCGUGGAAGCGUUGUUCGCUGCGAGCGUGGAACAGAUCGAACGGGAACAGAUGGCGAUUUCCAAGGGCAAAGACUUGGCCACCGAUUCCAACGAGUCGAUCGUUGCGAAACUGGCGUCGAGAGGACAAGAUCUGGUGUUGGAGUGGCGAUACGCGAUCACCUACGAGAUCGAGCGGAUUCGUCUGAAGCUCGAGUCCAUAGCGAACGUGGCACGGUUGGACAUUGCUUUCCUGCUGGAAACGUUGCAGGGAGCCUUUCACGGCAUUUACGAUUCCAUCGUAGACAGGUUGAUCUCGUAUUGGCAAGAGAUGAAGAGCGUGAACGAAAUGGCGAACGUUUUCUGCUUGGCGAUCGAAGAGGGUAGAAGACUGGAGAACGAGAUCCUGCUGGACGGUGACCGGUUCGUGAUUCGAUCGAACGUGUACGUGGUGACGAGAGAGACGGGAGAGCCGACGCGCCACAAGGAAACUCCGUCGCCCCUGCGAUUCCGAAUAUCCAACCUCGUCCAUUUGAUGGAGAUAUUCAAACGCGUGGCGCCCUACGGAACGAUGGCCGAACGCACCUUCGUUUACAUCCUGCAGGACUUGACGAGUCACGGCCAGGACGAGGGAGAACCGAUGUUACUGCCGUGUUCGUGGUACCAGCUUAAGUCGACGGACAUAGCGAAACUCGUGAAAAGACUCUACGGAUCCACCGAUUACGUCGAUUGGCGAGAAUUCCUCGUCCACGCGAUGGACCUGCCGACUCCGAGCUACCGGCAGAUACUGAUCGCGAGGGAUCGUUUUCGAAUUCAGGAUCCCGAGUUGAACGAAGUCGUGACCCUGUCGCGGUACCGUCGAACGUCGUUGUGGUUCCUCGAGUGUAUAGAGAAUUGCGACAACGCUCGACGGCUUCUCCUCGACGAGUUUCAAAGAGAUCGAGAGGAGCUGUACGACGAGGAGCAUUAUCGGGUGGACACGGAGAUAACCGCGUCGGUGCCCGAGAACCGACCCUCCACCGCCUUCAACGCGACGCCGUGUUGCACGAGUACGCAGGAAAUACUCAGGCGGAUAUUGGCCAAAGAGUUGCUGUGUCGAAUGUUCAUGGUCGAUCGAUACUCGGUCAACUAUACCGCGCUGUUGUUGGCUUUCUGCAAGGACGAGAAUCCGCGGGACGGAUUCGGGAAAGCUCUCGCGCUCGCCAUAGGUAACCGCGUGUGUACCGACGCUGAAGAGGGCGAGAGAUACGUCGAGGAACUCUUGGAACGGAAGAAACUCGCUCGACCGUCCUUCCAAACUCUCGAUCGCGAGGCUCUCGAGGUGACAAGUAUGGUCGUCGAUCGGCUGAUGCACCGAGUAGCGAGGAAGAUCGAUCGACGUGGGGAUCGCGAGACGAAAGACGCGAGAGCGUUUAAGAGUUUCGACCAGCCGAUGGCUUCGGAGAGCGUGGCGAAGGUGGAAUCGCUGAGCGGUUGCGAGAUCCAGGACGAGCAGCCGUCGAUGGAGUGCACUGCCGAACGUUACGCGACCGAUCCCGAAACGGUCGUCUAUUGGAUCUCUCGCGACAUUUGCCUCACCGUGCUGGCCGCGGCAUUGUCGUGGGACACGUUCAGCGAAGGCAGGGGUUGCGAGACUCUCGUCGAGAGUUUGUCCUCGGUGUACCGAGAAUUAUGGGACCCGAAUCUGAACGCGGAGCAGGACGUGGUACUGGCGCAUCGCCUGCUGAAUCACGACUUCGUGACACGGCUGUUGAACAGAGUCAGCAAGUUUACCGUGAAGAACCUAGACGGCAUAGUCGUGGAGAUUUUACGGGCGAGGGAAAAGGAGCAAGAUCUGGCUGAUACGUUUCCGUGA